AUGUCCAGCUCGUUGUUACCAGGUACAGCUCCGAUCAAACCAGAAUUCUUCGUGUCCGUCGUUACGCGUGAUGUGCCUGAUGAUGAUGCUGCAGAAGGAAGUUCAAGUCACGUAAAAGGACGCCAGGACGCCGCUGGAACCGAGCAAAACCAAGGAGAAGAGGGGAAGAAGUUCUCCGGCGCACAGCGGAGAAAGCUCUCGAAGGAGGAGAGGAAAAACAAGCGCGGUGCGAACAAGGGCAGGCGAUUCCAAAAGGUGCGGGACGAGGUGGAGCUCUGCUGGAGGGUUGCAAACGGGAAGGCUUGCGAGUUCGGUUCGGAAUGUCGGUUCAGUCACGACGUAUGUGCUUACUUAGCGGCAAAGCCAAGAGACAUCCACUUUCCGUCCACAGAAGAUCUUACAUGUUCUCCGCCAUUCGUGAAACUAGUGCCUGACGAGGAGAUGAUCGACGGAGAGAAUGAAUCCACAGGUUUCUCCACAAAGUGUCCUGUGUUUUGGAGGUUAGGGGAGUGCAAACAUGGCUUCAAAUGCCGCUUCCUCAGUGGUCACGUCCGAAAAGGCAAAAAUGCGGCUCUCGAGCUCGUCACUGACGAAGAGAAGAAAGCUCACACAGCGGUCACGGACAUUGAAUUGAAUUUUAUAGAUCCUGGUACGCUGAAACUGAUCCGUACAAAGAAGUAUCCUCGCCCUAUCUCCGACGUCUACUUGAAAGAGCUGCAAGCAUCACGGGGUGAAGAGAAGGGAGAAAAGGACUUGAAGCCGUCGGAACCAGCUAUCGAGCCUCUUCCCGAAUCACAGCCAGCGAAGCAGACUCCAUCCUCUGCUACAGCAAAUGAAACAGCCGACCACGAGACGGCGGCACAAGUCGACACGCCGGACGUACCGAUGCGCUUCGCAGAGAAAAGAAGAUUGCACUGGACAGGCAAGACAUAUCUUGCUCCUCUCACAACCGUUGGAAACUUGCCGUUCCGACGCCUAUGUGUGGAUUAUGGUGCCGACAUCACCUGCGGAGAAAUGGGACUUGCAAUGUCAUUCCUGCAAGGGUCCAAGGAAGAAUGGUCCCUUGUCAGGCGCCACUCCUCGGAAUCCAUAUUCGGAGUGCAGCUUGCGGGCAGUAAACCUUCACUACUCGUCCCCGCGGCGGAGACUAUCGGUAAGGAGUGUGAAGGCAAUCUCGACUUCGUCGAUAUCAACUGCGGUUGUCCUAUUGAUCUCGUCUACAAGACAGGGAGUGGAUCCGCUUUGCUGGACGCGGCAGGAAAAUUAGGGAAAAUUAUUGUCGGCAUGAACAAGGCACUAGGUGACAUCCCGGUGACCGUGAAGCUUCGUACUGGCGUAAAGGACGGACGCAACACGGCACACAAGCUCAUGCCACGUCUCGCUCCAGAGUGGAAUGUAGCUGCUAUUACUCUUCAUGGCCGCACCCGGCAGCAGAGAUAUACGAAGCUCGCCGACUGGGACUACGUCAAGCAAUGCGUGGAUGCCGUGAGGGCCCGAGAAGCAGAAGAGGGCCUGGCACCUGUACCGAUUUUCGGUGGCGGGGACUGCUUCUCCUCCGAAGACUACUGGGCGAAGAUGAACAACAGCGGCGUCGAUGGUAUCAUGAUAGGCCGGGGCGCUCUCAUCAAGCCGUGGAUAUUCACGGAGGUGAAGGAGCAUAGAGAAUGGGACAUUAGCUCUCGAGAACGCUUGGAGCUGAUCCGAAAGUAUGCAGAAUACGGCUUGAAUCAUUUUGGUUCGGACACCGCUGGGGUGAACACCACACGUCGGUACCUAUGCGAAGCCUUAUCUUUCCAGUACCGAUAUAUACCUAUUGGACUGCUGGAGCAUCUUCCAGGUCACAUCAAUGAUCGUGCUCCGGCUUUCCAUGGACGGGAUGAGUUAGAAACUUUACUAGCUAGUGACAACAGCCGUGAUUGGGUCAAGAUUUCUGAGAUGUUCCUUGGUCCAGCUCCCGAAUCCUGGACGUUCACACCGAAACACAAAAGCAAUGCGUACGGGAGUGAAGAGAGUCAAGGGUGA